AAACUAGUUUCAUUUUAAACAUCAACAUUGAGAUAAACUCAUUCCAGUUAAAAUAUUAAGAUUAUUAUUUGAUGGUUUGUACAAAUAAGAACGAAUCCCCCAAGAAAUUAUAUGAGAAAAAAUAGUGAAUAAUAUUUCUAAAGUGCAAUUAAUCGUAGUUUUUUAGUGAAGUAUGAUUCCAUUCAAUGCACUGUUGUUUAUUUUUAUAUCUGGUGUAGCUGCAGUAAGCCAAAAAGAAAAAAAGUUACAGAAUGUCAUAGAAGGUGAUAUCAUGUUAAGAGAAGAUAAGGAUUACUGGGGUCGAAAAUCAGGUCCAUUGGUGGAUAUGAAGAAGAAUAGAUGGACAGAAGGUAUUGUACCGUAUGUUCUGAAUGAAACAGUUUACAAUGCCUAUGACGUAUAUGUAAUUAAUGAAGCUCUACAGGAAAUUGAAGACUUCACUUGCAUCAGCUUUAUCCGAAGAACAACUGAAAAAGAUUAUAUCUACAUCACCCCAGAUGGAGGAUGCUGGUCAUAUGUUGGUCGCCAAGGUGGGUCUCAAGUUGUUUCCCUAACUGUUCCUGAUUGUAUUAACAAAGGGACUGUUAUACAUGAGUUGAUGCAUGUUCUUGGUUUCUGGCAUGAGCAUAAUAGAUCGGACAGAGAUGAUUUUAUUGAAAUAAUUUGGAGUAAUGUUAUUAAAGAUAAAGAAAUAAAUUUUGCAAAGAGUUUUCCAGAAGCAUCGAAUUUUCUUAAAUUUCCUUAUGAUUAUCAAUCCGUAAUGCAUUAUGAUGCGUAUGCAUUUUCUGUAUCGCCAAGAUUGCCAACAAUGAGGCCAAAGCAGCCAAGAACUAGACUCAGAGAUCUUGGUCGGGCCAAAACCAUUGGAACACUCACAGAAACAGAUAUUCUGGAGAUAACGGAGCUGUAUGAAUGUUAAUAUCAAUUUAUAAUUAUUUAUUAUUGUUUGUAAAAUAUUUGUAAAUAACGGGUUUUAUAAAAAAAUA